AUGGACGUAGAUUCAACUAUAAUAUAUAGUUCAAAUUGGAAAGCAGGUGUCUUUUGGGGCAAUUUAGCCGGAUGUCUUGCUUUCUAUCAUUCGCUAACUGGCUUUAGCUUAUUAGUAAUCAAUACAGCAUUUAUUUUAAUAUCAUCUGAUUAUGAAUUCAUAUUUGGUUGUUCGAUUUUAUUGGGUUUAAUUAUUAUUCUACUUGGUAUUAUUCUUCUUCCACUUGUUUUUUCUUGUUUUUUGGGUCGACAAUAUCAUAUUUAUGCAACAAUUCAUGCAUAUGUUACUUUUAUGGUUAAUCUAAUCCAUCUAGUUUUAAUUGUAUUUGUUUCAUAUGAAAUUAGCAAAUUGACAUCAUUUAGUUCACUCUCAUCAAGAUUUUUACUUGCAGAUUUAGGAUUACUUAUAUUAACAUUGAUUAUUGGUAUUGUUACGUGGGUUGCUUAUGUUGGUAGACAAUUUCAUGAGCCAAAUGGACAAUUUAUUUUGCAACUUUGA